AUGACAAUCGAAUUCACUGUGUACAAAGGCUCCAAGGAGGGAGCCAUCAAACAGGACAAGACGCAGCGAGAGGAUCUGAAAAAGGAUGAUGUGCUGGUUCGAGUAACACACUCUGGAGUGUGCGGCACGGACCUUCACUACAAAGGCGCCGACAUGGCUCUUGGCCAUGAGGGAACCGGUGUCGUAGAAGAAACUGGACCCGACGCUCAUAUCCUCAAGAAGGGUGAUCGCGUGGGAUGGGGCUAUGAGCAUGACUGCUGUGGUCAUUGCAAGCAGUGCUUGACCGGCUGGGAGACAAUGUGCAAAGAGCGCCAGAUGUACGGAGCAGCCAAUCUGGACCAGGGCUCGUUCGCCAGCCACGCCGUUUGGCGCGAGGCUUUCCUCUUCAAGGUUCCCGAGGGCAUAAGCAAUGAGGAUGCCGGUCCCUUGAUGUGUGGUGGAUCGACCGUAUUCAACGCGCUUCACGUUGCCGGCGUUCGGCCGACGGCUCGAGUUGGAAUUGUCGGCGUGGGUGGCCUGGGUCAUCUUGCCAUUCAAUUCGCUGCGCAGAUGGGCUGCCAGGUGAUCGUUUUCUCGGGAUCGAACAGCAAGGAAGAGGAAGCCAAGCAGCUCGGUGCUGCUGAGUUCUAUGCCACCAAGGGAGCCAAAGAACUUAAGGUCAAGGCGCCUAUCGACAACUUGAUUGUCACCACCAGUAGCCAACCCGACUGGCAGUUGUACCUGCAAAUCAUGAGUCCCAAUGGAGUGAUCUCGCCUCUCUCAGUGGAUUCCAAUGACCUCAAGAUCCCUUACAUGCCCGUGUUGGUCAAUGGUUUGCGUAUCCAAGGAGGCAUUGUUUCUUCACGUCAGGUCCACAGGGAUAUGCUCGAGUUUGCUGCUUUCCACAAGAUCAAGCCAGUCAAGAUGACUUUCCCCCUGACUUUGCAGGGUGUGCAAGACAGUUUGAAGACUUUGGAAGAUGGUAAAAUGCGCUACCGUGGCGUGUUGGUCGCAUAA